AUGGCACCCAAGGAGAACGACAUCACUUCGCCUUCGCCCCGUGACUGCCAAAGCAGCAUCCAAAUGGCCCUCGAGAGCGACACGAUCAAAAUGGAGCCAUCAGAAGACCAGACGCAGACGGAACUUAAAAGAGGUUUCAAAAACCGGCAUGUCAACAUGUUUGCUAUUGCUGGUUCCAUAGGCACUGGACUCAUCAUUGGAAGCGGUUCAGCCCUGGCCUCUGGAGGGCCUGGAAGCAUCUUGAUCGCCUACUGUAUAAUGGGAGCAUGCGUCUACACCGUCAUGACGGCCUUUGCCGAGAUGGCCAUCUUCGCACCAAUGAACAAGGGUUUCAGCGGAUAUGCUACUCGAUUCGUUGAUCCUGCGUUGGGGUUCGCGACUGGCUGGAAUUAUUUCUUCAAAUACUGUGUUCUCCUCGCCAACAACUUGACGGCUACAGGUCUCAUUAUUCGAUACUGGAGAGAUGAUAUAAACGUGGGCGUAUGGAUUGCCGUCUUCGGUGCCGUUGUUGUGGCUCUUAAUUUUCUCCCUGUCGAGAAGUUCGGCGAGACCGAAUUUAUCAUGGCAAUUGUCAAAAUCAUAGUCCUUGUUGGCCUUAUUCUUUGCUGCCUCAUCAUCUCAUUGGGUGGCUCACCAUCCGGGGAGCGAAUAGGUUUCCGAUACUGGAACGAACCUGGUGCUUUUGCGCCUUACUUAGCCGAGGGCAGUCUAGGUCGUUUUGUUGGUUUCUGGUCUUGCAUAGUCCAAGCCGCUUUUAUGUUCAUGGGCUGUGAAGUUGUGGGAAUCACUUAUGGUGAAGCCAAAAAUCCUUGCAGGGCAAUCCCACGUGCGGUUCAGCAAACCAUCUUGCGCAUUGCUAUUUUCUAUAUUGGCGGAGUUAUUGUUCUUGGCAUGACCGUGCCAUACACCAACGAGCUUCUGUUGUCCGCCAAUAAAGAAAAGACGAGCGCAGCUGCCUCGCCAUUCGUUGUGGCGCUGAAGCUAGCCCAGGUCGAAACACUGCCGUCCAUUGUGAACGCGUGCUUCCUCAUGUUUACUAUUAGUUUCGCAAAUUCAGAUAUUUACAUCGCAUCCCGGACGCUUUACGGCCUGGCUCGCGAUCAUCAAGCGCCCGGUAUUUUCACGAAGACGAACAAACAUGGCGUUCCCAUCUACGCCGUCAUGGCUUCGUCAGCCUUCUGCUGUCUGGCCUUUCUCAACGUGUCCGCAUCAUCAGGCAAGGUUUUCGGCUAUUUUGUCUCCUUGUCUACCGUCCUCGGCCUCGUCAACUGGCUCAACAUUAUCAUCACAUACCUCGCGUUCCAAAAAGGCAUCAAGGCACAGGGAAUCACUCGGGCUGAUCUGCCAUGGAGAGGUCCCUUGCAACCCUAUGCCAUCUACGUCACGCUUUUGAUCACUUGCCUUGUCAUUAUAUUUAGUGGGUAUACGGCUUUUAUCGGCGUAUUCAAGGCGGACAAGUUCAUCACCUCAUACUUGGGUAUUGUUUUGUACCUCGUAAACAUUCUGGUCUUCAAGGUUUGGAAGCGCAGUAAGCGUGUUCGGUCCACGGAAAUGGACCUGGUCUCUGGCAGACGCAUUUACGAGGAGGAAGAGGAAGAGGAAGUGACCAAGGCAACAAUCUCUCAGCGUCUAGGGAGUGCUCUCUGGGGCAGAUAA